CUCUCCAACCUCAUCACCCAUCAGCAACAUUUCUAAUGCAUCUCGCCAGUGCCGCUGUCUGGUCCAAGCAAGUCAUCGUGAUACUCGGUGGUAGCCCCAUCGCCCCAGCCUUUCCGGGGCUUACCGGCAAUACGCACCCGUAUUGAUGGCUAGCUCCGCCAACGCGCCGAUCCAAAGCCGUCCAUAUCGUUCUCACAGAGUACCCGCGUGUAUACGGUGCAGAUCACGAAAGAUACGGUGCCAUAUCGACAUCCCCGGGGAGCCAUGCCUUUCGUGCCGGGAGAGGCGCCUCAAAUGCCAGUACGUUGAGCAUUCGACGAAUUCAUCGCCGUCAGAGGAGAAUGCAGAAGGCAAGCCUUCCAAAAGACGCCGACUCAGCAACGGAAAUGCGAAUGGAGAUAGCUCAGCCAGACUCCAUGCGGCACCUGUGCUGCACAGACCUCCCGAACAUCCCUCUGCCUCUAUAAUUCUCGCCCCUCACGUUGCGGAGGACGUCGAUAUCCUGAAUCGGCACAUUAACGCGCAACAUCGAAGUGUUAGCGCGCAGGGUUCAGGACCAUAUCAGACACUAUCCGACGACACCAAUGAUCCGAUUGUUUACCUUACUGUCCCCCGUUUCCGCACAGGCCUCCGUCCCGAGAUAGGAGCUGGGAAAGAACAGUUGGAAAUCAUUGAGCACAUCAUUGGCCCUUUUAAACGAGAAGUCAUCGAACUCUACUUCAAGAACGUUCAUUGGCAUUUUCCACUCCUCGACGAGGAGACUUGUUCCCUGCUACGGAAAGGACCUACGGAUAAGAUACCAAACUCCGUCAUGUGCGUUGUGUACGCUAUUGGGUCGCCGUACUGGCACAAAUCGGACACGCUGAAGAUGCACCCACGACCCGACUCACACUUCAUGUGGAACAACGCCAUUUCUGCGCUGCAAGAAGACUUCCUCAGUCCUAGCUUGGCAACGGUAUCGUCAUCAGUCUUGGACCAGGUUGGGCGGCCCUCCGUUUCCAUCGUGGGGAACAUCACUCUGUGUGGCCGUACCGUCUCCCUUGCUCAAACCUUCGGUCUUCAUCGCGACUGCUCCACUUGGAACAUAACUGAGCAUGAGAAGUCAAUUCGCCUGCGUUUGUGGUGGGGUCUACUCAUCACCGACUACUGGUCCAGCAUCGGAUAUGGCACCACCCCUCACAUUAGCAAGCGUUUCUACGACGUGCCGAUGCCCACCGUGGAGGCUCUCACUCCGCCCAAGGCAACCGUGGAGCAAAAGAAAUCAGUGACUUGCUUUGUUCAUCUAUGUGCUUUGACAGAGCUGCUCGGAGAGAUCCUCCCUUUCGUAUAUGAGAUCAACCCCGACCGUGUCGCGCUCCCGCGCUCCGUUAGUCGACUGAAGGAUGACUUGAAGUAUUUGGACUCUCAGCUGCCAGAGUGGGUUCCGCUGCCGAAUCAGACUGGCACCAGCAACCUCUGGUUCUGCUUCCUCUCAAUGAGGUUGCUUCUCUGUCGCGUCACGCUCCGCUCGGCGAUUCUCGAAGGAGAUACGGACCUAGAACGAAAUCGCCUGGACGAAUUGCGCGCUGCGUCAGAAGCAGUCCUUGACUUCGUCCUCUAUCUGGGAGAGUAUCAUUUCCUAGACUUCUGGUUGCCGUACGCCACCCACCUCCUUGUCCACGCAGUCACGGUGUCCUUACGUUGCACCGUCGAGACCCAGGAUGUCGAAGUGCGAAAGGCUUCCGUGUCACGACUCGAGCGUGUCAUUGCCCACAUUCAGCAUGCUCGCGACCACUAUGAUUGGGAUAUUGCGAACUACUGCUUGGAGAGGUGCUCCGAUUCCGUCUCGAAGAUUGCCUCACUGACCAAGCGGGACUCUCAGCCCCCUCAGACCGAAGUCACAACAGUCAGCGAGAGUAACAACUAUGCGCAGCCCGGCUCUGUACUGGACGAUGCAAGCUUUCUCCUCUCCGAUUUGCUAGAUCCGAACGCCUUCGAUUUCUCGUGGGAAGCCCUGUGGGACACUCCUUCCGGCAUGACCAAUUUCUCAAUAUGAGGGGCUCUCGCGAAGCACUAGACGCCGGACCGUAUUUCGUAUGCACUCAGAGGGACUUCAGGGCCUUGAGGUGGUUUCCGACUCGAUGCGCGAGCCUUCCGACGGUUUUCCGCGGGUGCCCGAAUUCCGACGGAAAGCC